AGAGUGUUCUAGUACAUGUGUAUGAUUGUGCUGCGUUUCUCUCUCUAGGAUUACCUGCUAGUCCAGGAGCCAAAGGUGGACCUGGAGUUAAAGACGAGCCUGGUCCCAGAGGUCAUGCCGGCAUGUCCGGUGACCCUUGACCUUUGGGAAGCAAAGGAGAGAGAGGAGCGAUGGGCGUUCCAGGUGCUCAAGGUCUGAGUGGAACCAAAGGAGACAAGGUAGUACUGCCCCUCUGUCACUAGGUGUCCCCCAGGGUUGGGUGCUUGGUCCACUUCUCUUCAUUGUACAUGCUCCCCCUCGGUAACAUCAUCCGCCGCCAUCACCUCCAAUUCCACUGCUACACAGAUGAUGUCCAGCUACAUCUCCACAAAAUCUCUCCACCCUGACCGACUGCCUCACUGAAAUCAAAUCAUGGCUGCACUCCAACUUCCUCAAACUCAACUGACAAAUCUGACAUGCUCAUCGUGGGCCCCAAAUCCCUCACCAAAACUGCUCACAACUCUACUCUGUCCCCAUCCACUCACAUCCGCAACCUCGGAGUCAUUCUGGACAAUAAGCUCUCUUUUCAACACCGGGUCAACCACAUCACAAGAACUGCUUUCUUCCACCUCCAAAAUAUUGCCCGUCUCCGUCCAUCCUUCUCUGCCGCUGAAACCCUGAUCCAUGCCUUCAUCACCUCCACACUUGACUACUGUAACGGCAUCCUCUACGACUCAUCUUGCAAAAUUCUCAAAGUCCAAUACGUUCAAAACUCUGCCGCCCGCCUGCUCAGCCACACCCGCUCCCGUGAGCACAUCACCCCAGUCCUCCAGAAACUCCACUGGCUCCCCAGUCCUCACCGGAUCCACUUUAAAUCCUCCUCCUCACCCACAAAGCCCUCCACAAGCAGGCCCCCUGCUACCUCACCAACCUGCUUCACCUCCAUACCUUCACGCAGCCUCCGCUCCUCUGAUGCCAACCUGCUCUCCCCACCAUGCAGAACCAAGCUUCGGACCUGGGGUGACAGCUUUCUCCAUCGCUGCUCCCACCCUCUGGAACACUCUUCCCAAACCCAUCCGUGACCAGUGUUGGGUUAGUUACUGAAAACUAGUAACUUUAUUUCAAAAGUAACUCAGUUACUUACACCAAAAAGUAAUGCGUUACUGUGAAAAGUAACUAUUUAAUUAGUUCUAUUUUUCUUUCUUUUUUAAAGCUCCCAUUAAUGCCCUUUUAGCCUUCAUUUCAGUACUG